AGCUCACUUUAAGUGUGUGGUGCGUCUCACAAUCAACGUUGCAGUAAAUUUUGCGGACAUCGUAAUUCUAAAUAUAUUAAAAAUGGCCACAACUUUAGCUGCAGAUCGUUUUUGGGUGGACAAGGCAAAUUGCCACAAUGCCGAGCGCCAAUACUACGAAUAUUUGAGCAAAGAGGAGGAAAAAGUGAAACAGUUAAGUGGGGACGGUCACUUGAAUGGUGUACAAGAAACCCCGUCCAAGCAGAAGAAAUGCAAAAAAAUGAAAUACAAAAAGAAUGAAUGUACACCAAAACUAACAGAAAUAUCGACAAACUCUGAAAGCGAAGAAAGACUCUUGUUAACCGGCUCUCAGUAUCAGUUCAAUGCACCCAUUGAUAUAGCUAAUAAAGUGGGGUCUAAACCAAGUGGAGAGAAGUCCAAGAAAAGAAAUAAGACGGCAAAGAAAAAUGUAGAUUUGUUGGGUUCCGCUGCCAACAGCCAGUGCACUCUAGUUUCGGAAAUCGCUAAGGCAAGAGAGCACAUAAAAAAUUCUUUAGAAAAGAUGGAUGGCAUUACUACAUUGACUACUUCUCCAGUGUCUGGAGAGGUCCUAGAUCGCGUUGCUGUUAUAGAGAAAGCCAAUGCCGAUCUAAGGCAAUUGGUGGAGAGCUUGAAAUCGGUGUGCUUGGAAACUCAAACUCGUAUAACAGCUUUGGAGAAAAAAGUAAAUGCAGAAUUAUCUAAUAAAGCUGUCGUAGCCGCUCCUGUCCCCGCCCCAGCUGCUCCUUCAAAGGCGGCCGCAGAUGAGGAUGAUGAUGUAGAUCUAUUCGGUUCUGAAGACGAAGAGGAUGAAGAAGCCGCACGUAUACGUGAGGAGCGCCUUGCUGCUUAUGCCGCAAAGAAAUCGAAGAAACCGCAACUUAUCGCAAAAUCUAGCUUAAUUUUGGACGUUAAGCCUUGGGACGAUGAGACAGAUCUUAAAGUGAUGGAAACGGAAAUACGAAAAAUCGAGACAGAUGGCCUCUUAUGGGGCGCUUCUAAGUUUGUGCCAGUCGCUUUUGGUAUCCAAAAGCUUAGCAUUUCCUGCGUUGUUGAAGACGAAAAAGUCUCAAUUGAUUGGCUAACCGAAGAAAUUGAAAAGCUAGAAGAAUACGUUCAAAGUGUUGACGUUGCUGCAUUCAAUAAAAUUUAAAUAAAUAAAUUUAAUAAAAAAGCAAUGAGUAUAUAAAUAAAAAUAUUGUUUAAAUUAA